AAACGAUUCGGUAAACGAACUGCUCCGAACACUUGUUAGCGAAAGAUUGAAGGCCGCAUAACCUAAAAUAAAUCGUUUGUUGUGCGAAUGCGUUUGUGGUGAUUUAUGUAUAAAAUAAUAUUGUUAAUAAUAAAUACAAUGCCCAGAACAAGAGAAAGAAGUGUAAGUCCACAAUACAAAUCAUCAAGCAGAAGAGAUAAAUCGAAAUCACGACCUUCUCGGCGCUCAAGAUCAACUUCCCGCAACAAAAAAGACACGUACAAAUCUCGUGACGAUAAGCGUUCGUAUUCACGUAAGUCAAAAAACGAUUCAAAAGAAAAAUCUAAAUCUAGGAGUAAAGACCAUAAAAGCAGAAGAAAACAUGAUUCAAGUAGUAGUUCAAGCAGAUCAAACUCCAGCAGUAGCUCAAAUAGUUCCAAGAGUUCAUCAUCUAACAGUUCCUUAGAAUUACUAGAAAAAUUAAAAGCAGAAAGAUUAAGAGUAGAAGAGGAAAAGAAAAAACGUAAAGAAUUAAUGAAGCUAAAUGAAACGCCAGAAGAGAAACGUUUGCGUCGUUUAAAGAAAAAAGAAGCAAAAGAACGUUCACGGAAAGAGCGCAUGGGCUGGGAUAAUGAAUACCUGCACUACACAAACACAGACAAUCCUUUUGGGGAUGGUAAUCUACUGAGUACAUUUGUCUGGACAAAGAAAUUAAGCAAAGAAGGCUUGAUUGAUGCCAGUCAUGAAGAGUUAGAAUUACGCAAUCGUCAUAAACAGGAAGAAAACAAACGUGAACUUGAGAAGGUGAAGAAACGUCGACAGGAACGCGAACUUGAACGCCAACAACGCGAAGAUGAAAUGCAAUUGAUGCAGCGCAAUAAAGAAGCAGCACAAUUUGAGGAAUGGGAACGACAGGAAGACCAGUUUCAUUUGGAACAAGCUCGUCUACGUUCACAUAUUCGUAUUCAAGAUGGCCGCGCCAAACCGAUUGAUCUGCUCGCGAAAUAUAUCAACACUGAAGAAGAAGUCGACGCCGUAGAAAUGCAUGAACCAUAUACAUAUUUAAAUGGCCUACAGGUGAAAGAUUUAGAAGAUUUAGUUGAGGAUAUCAAGGUUUAUAAGGAAUUGGAACGUGGUAAGAAUUUAGAUUAUUGGAAUGAUAUUACUGUCAUUGUGCAAGAUGAGUUGCAUAAGUUACGGAAACUAAUUCGGCAAAAUGAGUAUGAAAUGAUGAAUAGAAGAGAGGGUAUUCAUCAAGCGGUAGAAAAAGAUGUCACGAAUGUUUUUAAAGGUAAAACAACAGCACAACUAGCGCAGCUGCAGAAGAGUAUCGAGGAUAAGAUUAAUAGCAAGUCAGAUGGGCUGGAUAUUGGGUAUUGGGAGUCGCUGCUGUCGCAAUUGAAAGCUCACAUGGCUAGAGCUCGUCUUCGUGAUCGUCACCAAGAAAACCUACGCAAAAAACUGGAACUCCUCAAAGCAGAACAAGCGGUAACUAUUCCAAUACCAACAGAAAUUCCAAGAUCCCCCAAAAAUCCACUUCCUACUUCCGAAACAACCGAACCAGGUCCAAGUUCCAGUGCUGUUCAACCCGAUGAAGAAUCACCUAUUCACAACGAAUCAUCUCAACAUGGCAGCACAACCAGCGUCGAUAAUGAUAACGAGAACGAAACAAACGAUGAUCCUAGUGAAUCCUACCUUCGAGAAAGUUUUGAUUCUUACGAAUCAGGCGGUUACAGUCCGAAAUAUUUAUCUCCAAAUGAUUUAGAUCCUGGUACAAUAGUCGUGUCAGAAAGUGACGAUUAUAAACGUUUAGAAUACGCUCGUGGAAGAGUACAAGGCACAGCAAAUCAAAACGAAAAUGUUGUGUCAAAGGAAGAGUUGUUACUUAUCCGAGAGGCUCGUAAAGGAAUGGACAAUGACGAGGCACAAUUUUCAGUUGAGACUUCAUUGGACAGUCAAGUAUAUCUAUGGUCGGAUAAGUACAGACCUCGAAAACCUAGGUACUUCAAUCGUGUACACACAGGCUUCGAAUGGAAUAAGUACAAUCAAACACAUUAUGAUAUGGAUAAUCCGCCACCGAAAAUUGUACAGGGAUAUAAGUUUAAUAUUUUCUAUCCGGAUUUGAUUGAUAAGAAUAAGACACCGGAGUAUUUCUUAACACCGUGUCCUGAAAAUCGUGAAUUUGCUAUUUUACGGUUUCAUGCUGGUCCGCCUUACGAAGAUAUUGCUUUCAAAAUAGUCAGCAGGGAAUGGGAAUAUUCCUACAAACGAGGAUCAGGUGUCAGUUUCAUAACAACAUAUUUCAGCUGUGGUUCCAUUUCAAACGCUACAGAUACAGGAGAUGAUCAUUCUUUUGAUUCAAUUUUUUUUCUACAUCUAAUCCAAAUGCGUUGGCGAAAUUACAAGCGUGCGCUGGACAAUUCCCCGAAAACUUUCUUAGUGCUCCCGUUGUUACAGAAAAGUGAUAAGAGUGCAUCAAGUGAUCGCAACGAAGACGAAAUGAAAACGAAUCAUGGCCUACGUCUUUUCACCAAGACCUGGCCGAAGAAAACAAGUGAUAUUAAUAUUAAUAAUGAAUUAAACAGUGAACACGAUGAUAACGAUGAUGAGUAUAAUCGAGAGCGGCCAUUGACUGCGACAUUAGAGCGUCCACAAGUAUUAGAUGCGAAAUAUAUGGACCAAAUUGAUAUGUCGCUUAUUCGGAAGGAAUUUUUGGCGGUUGCGACAAUAUGUCGCGUGCCUUUAAGUAAUAUCAACCGUGCGGCGACCACUGUGCGCAAAUCUCGCCAUCGCACCGCGAUUAUAGAACGCCGGCGACCUUUACCGGUCACAAAAUCCCCGGGGGAAAAGUCGAAGAAACAGCGCAAGCAUGAAACACUCAGCGAAGCCGAGGCAAGCUGGGAGGACGAAUCUUUAUCGUCGGGACGCGAGACCGGCAAGCGCACAGCAGCGACACUCCUGCGGCCACCUCGGAUCGUCACAUCAGUCACAUCGAAAAGCAAAUUGCGAAAGCCGGCCGUGAGCGCCACCGCCGUCAACGCCGAGAUCAACAAUAACGCGAGUAUUAGCAACAGCGUCAAACCGAUAUCGACAAAACUAUUGCCGGAGCCGUGCACGACGUGCGGACGUCCCGACGCGCCAGAACGAUUUCACAGCCAUCCCACAACACCGCUCAAGCCUAUCAGAAAAUUAGAAAUUAAGAUUCCGACGAAAAAUACGGUGCAGAAACCUGUGGCGAUUCGAUACAAAUCAAAACUGGAGCCUAAGGCGCCCGAAAUUCCUGUAGAAAUGGCGCCGAUUGAGAGUAAAGUGAAAUCGGCGAAAGGACCAAGGACUUUGACGUGUUACAUCUGCGGGAGGGAAUUUGGCACGGCAUCGUUACCAUUGCACGAGCCCAAAUGUUUAGAGAAAUGGGAGCGUGAAAAUCGAAAAUUACCGCGACAGUUGCAGAAGAAGCGGCCGAUCAAACCUGACACGCCAAUGACGAAAGAGGAAUGGAAUAAAUUUGCAUGGGAAUCCGCACAGGCUCAAUUAAUUUCGUGUAAAAAUUGCCAACGAACAUUCCUUCCCGAUCGGCUGGAAGUUCACCUUCGCAGCUGUAAAGAACCCCAAAGAGGUCCUGUUAAAUCGUCGAGUGUAUCGGCAAUCAGUGAUUUAUCACAUAAGACUACCUUACCGCAGCCGAUACCUGGACUGGUGCCAUGUCCACAUUGUGGAAAAAUGUUUGGAUCAAAAUCUGUGAAAAUUCACGAACCACAGUGCCUUAAAAAAUUACAAAAAGAAAAAGAAAUGAAAGAAGCUGCGACAUCUGAAGAGCGUCCAUCAUCUACCGAUAAAAAACCUCACAUGUUUCCUUGUUACCUUUGUGGUCGGUUAUUUGGCGUCGCAUCGAUAUACAUCCACGAACCACAGUGUCUUAAAAAAUGGCGCGCCGAAAACGAUAAACUACCGAUUGAGAAGCGGCGGCCAACACCACCGAAACCAGAUAUUAAAUUCACACCGUCUGGUGGUGUUGAUUUUGUUGGCACGUUUCAUCGCAUUUGGGAAAACCAUCUCAACGAGUUAAUUCCGUGCGAAAAGUGCGGCAGGACUUUCUUUCCAAAUCGUAUUGAGACGCAUCGAAAAGUGUGCCGGGAAUCAUCAUCCACAUCCAAGUUGUUAAAGCAUUUUACAUGAUUUUAUUUUGAUUAUAUUAUUUAGUUGCUUUUUUCA